AUGGUUUUUGAGUGGCUAGAUGAGGGCAAGUUCCACCGCGUUCCUAAGCUGGAGCCCGGUCCUCCCAACGUCUACUUUGGCGAUGUUUUCUCUUCGGCUUCACAAGAUGCCCCGAACCUCUUGGCUGGAUCCAUGUUUCUCCUUGAACAAAUCGAUAACCCCGAACCGGCCCCCUUGUACGACUAUGACGAAACAGGAGUAGUGCUAAAAGCAAAUGCUGAGAAUUUCCCGGUUCGGUUGUUCGUAGGCGAGCUGCACCUCGAGGAUGAGAAGGGAAACACAGCUAAGCUGUUCCCUGGAGACACCUUCUUCAUUCACCGUGGAAGCAGCAUCAUCUUCUCUACGCCCCGGUACGCCGUGGCUUACAAAGUUGGCGCUCGCCCCAAAAUGCACUAA